GUCAACUAUAAUUUGUCAUUCUUGUCAAAUUUAUUCUUAAUACAAUGGACGCGUUUGGUGAUAAUUUUGAUCAAAAUGACAUUGAUCCAGCUGCAGAAUUUUUAGCUCGAGAACAAGACCAACUUGCAGGUUUAGAAGAUGAAUUAAAACCAGCAAGUACAACUAUUCCUACGGCUUCACAAGAUGACUCGCAAACAUCUGAUUCUGUGAAAGGUGAACAUAGCGGGAGCUUUGAAAUGAUUGAUAAUCUGGGUCAACCUGAAAGUGAAUCUGUACAAAAUAUUAACUCUGAAAUCGUAGAUUCAACUAAUGAUGGGCUCGAUUUUGGUUAUGAUGCGGGUAGAGCUACACCUUCCCCACCAAUGAACAAAGUUGUUAAAGAAGAACCAGAAAAAAUAAAAAAAUGGCGUGAGGAACAGAAAAAACGCCUUGAAGAGAAAGAUGCUGAAGAAGAAAAGAAAAAAGAAGAAUGGCGAGAAAUAGCAAAAAAAGAAUUGGAGGAUUGGUAUCGCCAUCACGAGGAACAAAUUGCUAAAACUAAAGCAGCUAAUAGAGAAUCAGCCAAAAAUGCCGAAAAACAAUUUGUUGCUGAAGUUGAUGAAAUUGAACCAGGUACAGAAUGGGAACGAAUUGCUAAACUAUGUGAUUUUAAUCCAAAGGCGAGUAAAACAAGCAAGGAUGUGUCGAGAAUGCGUUCAAUAAUUUUACAAUUAAAACAAAAUCCUCCACAACUAUCAAGAGCAAAGAAGGCAUAAAUAAUAUAUGUAUUGUAUAUGUAAAACAAACAAUAGUUUAUAGGGAAAGCUGGAAAAUUGUUGCUCUCAUCAUAAUAAAUAAAAAGUUAUAUUCUCUGAUAAAAAAUGUGUAAAA